GCUGGAGACCGCCUCCUCGCGCGCGGUCCGGCACCUGCGCGGGGCGGGGAGCAGAGGGGCGCGCAGCGCGGGCGGAGGCGCCGAGCGCGUGAGUCACUCGGCUCCCCGGGGCAGGGAGCCGCACUUGGCCUCCCGGCUGGGGUCUGCAUUUCAUCUCCGGCUUCAGCGACUCACCCCUGAAUACUACCCCCGCUGAGGCCAGACCGGCAGCCUUUCCGUCUAGGCGAGGGCCAGUGUUUUCUGGAUUCUGCCCAAUGGAUCUGAUUCCUGUCCUGUAGCUUUCUGAAGGAUUGACAUUGUGCAUCAUUAAUGAAACUCAGCUGCUGCCUGACUGAACCUCACCUCAAAGGCUUGGGAAAACUUUUUCAGUUAAAACAAUGACUUUCUUGGAAUGUAUUCCCAGUGGAGCUUGUUUUCAGUGUGCGUGGCAGAAUACCUAAGUACCAUUGGCAGUUCUUCAGAGACUUUUUGAAAAGUGCUCUACGUCCAACGUCUGAGCGACUCGGGGUUGUGCAGGAGGCCUUAAGAAUUGUGGUUAUCUGUUCACCUGCAAGAUUCUACCACUGCUAUUCAGAGCUGCUGCUGAAAUACCAUGUCUAGGAACUCGGAGUUCAUCAAUUUGUCAUUUUUAUUAGAUCAUGAGAAGGAAAUGAUCCUGGGAGUCCUAAAGAGAGAUGAAUAUUUGAAAAAAGUGGAGGACAAGAGAAUAAGGAAGCUGAAAAACGAACUCUUAGAAGCAAAACGUAUAAGUGGGAAGACUCAACAAGAGACCAGCAGAGUCUGUGUCCACUGUCAGAGAAACCUGGGCUUAAUCUUUGACCGGGGAGAGCCCUGCCAGGCAUGCUCCCUGCGUGUGUGCACCGAGUGUCGGGUCUCAGGCCUUGACGGCAGCUGGAAGUGCACUGUCUGUACCAAAGUCGCACAGCUACGGAUUGUAACUGGUGAAUGGUUUUUUGAAGAAAAGGCAAAACGUUUCAAACAAGUCAAUGUUCUAGGCACUGAUGUUGUCCGACAGUCCAUCUUAAGAAGAAGUCCAGGAGCUGAAGUAAUACAAAGUCAAGAGCCAACCCGCCAGGAUGCAGGAAAGUCAGACACUUCACCUUCUGCUGGGCAGAAGGCCAGCCGUGAUGGGCCCAGGAGGAAGGGAUUUCUUCUUAGCAAGUUCAGAUCAGCAACCAGAGGAGAAAUCAUAACUCCCAAACCAGAAAGUGGGCGGAGCUACAGCUUGGACUUAGACAGCCAAAACUUUCGGAGUUUAAAGUCAACCCCUGGUUCAGACAGGGGGAGCACUGGUUCAUCGGAUCUUAAUGAACUUGAAACUGGUCCUGGGACUCCAAAGAGCAGCCAGAGCAAUGGUGUGACCCCAGUUCCUCAGAGGUCUCCGGCCCCAAGCACACGGAGCGGGACGUCAGUCAGCAGUAGGGAACGUGGUUUUGAGAAUUCCAUGGAUUUGGCUGCUAUUGAAAGCAUCACUGAGGGCCUCACAAAGAGGCAUCACAGAAACACUUCCGGUACACCUUCCAUAGCAGUGUCUGAGGCCUCCCUCUGCUCAGACCGGAGUCAGUCUGAGUUAGAUUUGAACGGGUCAUUUACAGAAGACUUAGAGGAUACUGUAAGCAUAAGAAGCAAGUCUGUCCCAGGGGCUUUAGACAAAGACUUGGACUCCUCAGAAGAGACUGGAGAAGGCAUUGAGGAUUUAGCAUCCUCCCGGUUUUCUGCAAACAUUCACAGUCUAGCAAGUGGCCUGUCAACCAAGUCUCAAGCAGUCUCUGACAGGAAGUGGACCUACCUAAAUGUGCCAGAUGCUGACUCAGACACUACCAGCCUGAACAGCAUGAUGAGUGUUUACAGUGAAACAGGAGAUUAUGGCAACGUGAAGGUCAGUGGUGAAAUCCUUCUCCACAUCAGCUACUGCUACAAAACUGGCGGGCUCUACAUUUUUGUCAAGAACUGCAGAAAUCUGGCCAUAGGCGAUGAAAAGAAACACAGGACAGACGCUUAUGUCAAGUCAUACCUUCUUCCUGACAAGUCCAGAAACAAUAAGCGUAAGACCAAAAUCAGAACAGGCACCAAUCCAGAAUUCAAUGAAACACUGAAGUACACCAUCAGCCAUGCCCAGCUGGAAACAAGAACUCUGCAGCUCUCGGUCUGGCAUUAUGAUCGAUUUGGACGUAACAGCUUCCUCGGGGAGGUGGAGAUUCCUUUUGGCUCCUGGAACUUUGAAAAUCCAAGUGAUGAGUGGUUUGUGCUUCAGCCCAAGGUGGAAUUUGCAGCUGACAUUGGCCUUCAGUACAAAGGAGAGCUGAAAGUUGUUUUACGUUACAUUCCCCCAGAGGAGAACCAGGCACUACCACUAGGACAACUCCAAGCUGAUGCAGGAAAGAAGACCUUUAAAAGAGGGACGAGGAAGGAGUUGCCUGUAACCUCUGGAGGAAUACUGGAAGUGUUCAUCAAAGAGGCCAAGAAUUUGACAGCAGUGAAGUCGGGAGGCACUUCUGAUAGCUUUGUGAAGGGCUACCUGCUCCCUGAUGAUAGCAAAGCCACCAAGCACAAAACCCUGGUAAUAAAGAAGAGUGUGAACCCUCAGUGGAAUCAUACUUUCAUGUUCAGUGGCCUGCAUCCCCAGGAUAUAAUGAAUGUUUGCCUAGAACUUACUGUCUGGGACAAGGAGGCCUUUUCCAGCAACAUCUUUCUGGGAGGAGUUCGUUUGAAUUCUGGAAGUGGUGUGAGCCAUGGGAAGAACGUGGACUGGAUGGAUUCUCAGGGGGAAGAGCAGCGCCUGUGGCAGAAGAUGGCCGACAACCCCGGGACUGCUGUAGAGGGCGUGCUCAUGCUCCGGUCCAGCAUGGCCAAGCGCAGGUUCUGAAGACUGAUCCUGGACAUCUAUUUUCUCAAUGCUACAAUCAACUCCCUUACCCUUGUCCAACCACCACACCUUUACCACAACCCUCCACCUCUAGAUUUGUCCUGCAUUAUGCCCUAUCUCCUCCUCCACCUGGCUGAAUACGCAUUGCUGAAGAGAAAUGGCCAAUUGUGCUGACUGAUUUCCUUAUGGCUUAUGAGAUAAUGCUCCAAGAGGUACUUGAAGAUCUCUAUUAACAAUAGAAUUACAAGGAAGGAAAGUCCAAGAAAUGCAGUAUUUGAAGGCUAUACCUUUUAUUUUGCUGUAUCACUCGGGAUUCAAUUGCAGAAAAUAGAAUCUACUACAGGUAGAUUAAACAGAAAGGAUUUCCUCAUCUGGAAGUGAAGGGCUGAAGAAAUAGACUUUAUGCUGAACUUCCAAGAGAAACUCCCUAAACCACCUGGAACUGUAAAGGGAUCUGCCAAGAAGCUGUAAAAGCAGAAAUUUGUCUACUAAAUACGGAAGCCACUUUUAUAUUUGCUUGUUUUAGAACCACUCCAUUUUUGUUACCAUCAGGAAUCUAUGGCCCCAAUUAAGAGGCUGUCAUCAGCUAUUGGCAAAAGAACCAUACUGCCUCAGUCACAGUUUCCAAUGAUGUGCAUGCCUUGCAUUUUGCUUCUCAUUGCACACAUUGAUUCAGUUUCGAAACCAAGUCACAGUUGAGGGCGUCUAGAUGACUGAUGGAAUCUUAAUCACUUGUCACACUAGCUGCAAGGGAGUCUGGGAAAUUUAGUUUAUAAGUCUCUCAUCAUCUGCAUGCUAGAAAGGGUUGAAUACAUAUUGAACAAACCUAUGUGCGUUAUCCACUGUGCUACUCCUGUCCUAUCCUAAAAAUCAUUGAAAGAUUCUCCAACAUAUAGGAUUUUAGAUGUUGUGGAAACCAGCCUUAAAAUUGGCCCCCAGUGAUCCUUACCUCCUGGUAUCCAUGCCCUAUAUACUCCCCUCCCACAAUGAAUAGGGCUGACCUGUGUGACCAAUAGGAUCCUGUUAAAGUAAUAGUGUGUCUUCUAAGGUGGUCAUAAGAUAUUGUCACUUCCACUUUGCUUGUAUCUCUUCAACUAGAAGAAGCCAAACACCAUGUUAUGAGCAUAUGCAAGUAACUCUGUGGAGAGGCCCAUGUGGGGAAGAACACAGCCCUCUUCCAACAGCCCUACCAACUUGCCAGUUGCAUGAGUAAGUCACCACAAAAGUGGACCCUCCAGCCCCAGUCAAGCCUCCAGAUGACUGCAGCCUUAGACAACAUCUGACUGCAACCUCAUGAGAGACAAGCCAGAACUGGUCAGCCAAGCUGCUCUCAAAUCUGUGACUCGCAGACAUUCUGAGACAUAAUAAAUAUUUAUUGUUGUUUUAAGCCACUAAGUUUUGAGGUAAUUUUAUAGAUGCAGCAUCUGGGACAUUAAUGCUUUCUUCAGUCUGCCUUGGGUGACCUCACUGCCCUUAUUCUCCUUCAGUUGCUACCCCAUUCAUCUAAGCUCAGGCUCAAGGGCUGAGAGCUUAUGGAGAUGAAAUCUACAGUUGUUUUGGAAUGGCCUGGACUCCUCCACCUUCUGGCUCAGCCUUCACUAGCCUUCUGAUAAUGGUCAAGCACUACUAUUGGACCAAACCCAGCAGACAAUUAUGCCUGGACAGAAAAAUAAAAACUACCUGAAGGCAUUGGAGACUGACCAAAAAGCAGGCACACACUGGAAGCCCGUCAUCACUUAGAAGGAGGCAGUUAUCCUAGGUGAGUCAUCAGGGUGUUUGGGUUUCCUAAGGGCAAGUUGCAGUAUGCAACAUGCUGGGCUUGUUCAGGAGGCAUAAAUCAAGAUAGUCUUACUGGUUUGAAGAACCAGAGGAGAGAGUAGGGGUGACCAUAGCCACUGAAAAGUCAGCAGGGACAUCUCAGAAAGGAGAUAGCCAGAAGGGGAUGGGACAGAGAAGGGGAACCCCAGAUUCUGUAUAUAAAUGACAUGGAAUUCUCACUCAUUGCCGAACCACACAUAUGCAGGCCAGGAGUGGGGAACAGAUUCCAAGUGGCCUAGCAAAGAUUAAAAGAACUGAACUGAAAUUCCUGGUCCCGUGUACUGAAGCAGACAGUUUUCAGUUUGAGUUCAGCCAAUUUAUCUGUUUAUCACUUCACCACACACACAAACACACACACACACAAAUUCUAUACUAAACAGUGUGAGCACGCAGAACUGAGGAUUUGUUUGUUUUUAUGGAGUCCAAAAGGUCCAUAGAAAUGUCCUAUAAGAUCUGUAGUAACUAGUAGUCUAGAAGACAGCCUAUUAAUUAAUCAUUAGAAAUGCCCCAGAAUUUUGGUGUAGACUAUUUAUUUAUAUAUAUUGAAUAAGUUUGACAUAAAAUUGUGUGACUUUAAGGUGUACAGUGUAUUACUUUGAUAUUUGUAUAUUGUAAUAUGGUUGCUAUUGUGAUAUUUAUCACAUUGCAUGAUUAUAGUAUGUAUUACUGUCUAUAUUCUUUAUACUGUGCAUUAGAUCUCUAUGGCUUAUUUAUUACUCAUUGCAAGUUUGUACCUUUAAACAAUAUCCAUCUUAUCCCCUGCCCCAUAUCUACUGGAAAUCACCAUUUUACUCUUUUUUUUUUUUUUACAGGUGUGACUUUUUUAGAUUCCACAUGUAACUGAUACUCUGUAGCACUUGUCUUUCUCUGUCUGACUUAUGUCACUUAGCAUUAACUAAUUAGCAUUAGUUCAAGGUCCACCUAUGUUGUUGUAAAUAACAGGAUAGCCUCCUUUCUCAUGGCUGAAUAAUAUUCCACUGUGUAUAUAAGUUACAUCUUUUUUAUCCAUUCAUCUAUACUGAUGGGCAUUUGGGUUGUUUGUGUAUCUUGGCUACUGUGAAUAAUGCUGUGAUAAACAUGGGAGUGCAGGUAUCUCUUCAAACUCCUGUUUUCAUUUCCUUUGGGUAUAUGCUCAGAAGUGGAAUUGUUGGAUCAUAUGGUAGUUCUAUUUUUAAUUUUUUGAGGAGCAUCCAUAUUGUUUUCCAUAAUGGCUGGACCAAUUUACACUCCUGCCAAUAGUGUAUAAGGAUUCCCUUUUCACUACAUCAUC